UUGUCACGUGACUACCUAACCCGGAAGCCCAACUGGAUUUCCUCAGACGCGACAAAGAUGUCAAAAAAAAUAUUUUAAUCAUUAAAAUUAAAAACGUACAGCGUUUUUAGUAUGACCCAUCACUUAAUAUUUGCCUUUGCUGUGUGUCUGUGUUUUUUCGCAACCCAUGCAAUCGGUGGAAAAAUGAAGAUUGUCGAGGCUCCAAAUACAUUUGGGUUGAACAACAACAUUCUGGCUCAGGGAAGCAGACUUCAAGCUAAAGCGCUUCCAUCUCCAGUGUCCGGACCUUCACAUCUGUUUCAUUUGGCUGGAAGGUGUUUCAGUCUUACACAAUCAGUGUAUCGAUACGAGUUCUGUCCAUUUCACAACAUCACCCAACAUGAACAGUCAUUCCGAUGGAACGCUUACAAUGGGAUCCUGGGGAUCUGGCAUGAGUGGGAGAUAAGCAACAACACUUUUACAGGCAUGUGGAUGAGAGACGGAGACACUUGUGGCACCAAAAACCGUGAAGCAAAGGUGCUUCUUGCCUGCAGCAGCCAAACCAAGCUCGCUCAAGUGUCAGAGCCAAGCACUUGCAUUUACUCGCUAACUUUUGAGACACCACUUGUUUGCCACCCGCAUUCUCUUUUAGUGUACCCAACUCUGAAUGAGGAGCUGCAAAAGGAAUGGGAUGAAGCGGAGCAGGCUCGCUAUGAAGGUCUCGUCACAGAGCAAGGUUACAACAAUCUGAUAAGGGAUGUUUUUGAAGUUGCCGGCCUCCUGAGGGGUCAAAAAGUGAACCAGAAGCUGCCCGAGGUUGUAGCUCAAGAAGAAGCACACAACUCUUUACAGAAAUGUAAUGAGGACUUCCAAAGACAGCGAGAAGAGAUUACGAGACUGCGAGCCCUGCUCACUCAUCACAAUAUCGCUUGGGAUGCAAAGCCAGAUGUCAGCCUUUAUGCAGUCGCCGAUGAGGACGCGGGAUAAGAAAGUGGAUUUUUGUUCCUGCCAUCCACAAAAAAGAGAUUUCAAUUUCCGAGAUACGCUGAACUGAUCUGGGAGACUGAAUUUUUUUUAAAUGGGAGCUGUGAAAGAUAUUUCCCAACAUGUCAUGAAUUUUUUAAAUAGUAUGAAUUUCGAGAGGCUUGAAUUGAUGAAGAAAUAUUGUCCAAAAUAUGCUUGGAAUAACAAAUAUUUAAUAUUUGUCAAAUUGAUUUUUGUAAAUAAAAUUUUGAAACAAAACA